AUAGCACCAUGUAAACAGCAGAAACACUCUGCGCUGAAAUUUUGACUCAGUUUUCUGUGGUUUUACAGGUCAGUAUGACAGAGUUUUAUAAAUGUCGAUAUAUCACAUGGGCUUAUGUAACAACUGCAGCUAUUGUAAACAGUGAUACUUUUACCAGGUUGAUCCCUCUUCCUUGUCAACCUGUGCACCUGGUUUGGGUAUGGGUGCAAAAUCCAGGGAACACCUGAAGUUAGCGUUCCCCCUCUUUGGGGAAUAAUCAUAUUGAACAAUAAAUGGGAAAAAGAGGUAUAGAAAACAGGGAUGAGGUAAUGUUUUGGACAGGAAGAGGACCAGAGUGUGUGCCAACUUUACCCAGGAGGGGGGACAGUAAACUGUCAACAUCCCACCGCUGAGAGACCAUCUGUGGGCUGCAUUAUGUAUUAAGAAUCAUUCAUAGAGUAGCUCAGUCACCUGGAACAAACCUCUUCCUCACAGCUAAAAUGUCAUCCUCAGCCAGCAUGUUAUCAGAGAAACCGUUCCAGUGCUCCAUCUGCCUGCACGUGUUCACCGACCCGGUCACCACGCCAUGUGGACACAACUUCUGCCAGUCUUGCCUCAGGGGCGUGUGGGACGACAGUCACGUCUGCCACUGCCCCACCUGUGAAAAAUCAUUCACUCCCCGGCCUGAAAUAAGCAUCAACACGGCUUUCAAAGAGCUGGCGGACAUGUUCAGAAAGGCGUCCGUCACAUUAUCAGCUCCGCCGCCGUCUCCAGCCAAACCCGGCGAGGUUGUGUGCGACGUCUGUGCCGGGACAGGGCUGCAGCUGAAGGCCAUGAAGUCGUGCCUGGUGUGCCUGACCUCGUACUGUGAAGCCCACCUGGACCCUCACCACAGGACCUCCACCCUGAAGCUGCACAAGCUGAUUGAACCCGUGAACAACCUGCAAGACCGGAUGUGCACGAAGCACGGCAAGCUGCUGUCGAUGUUCUGCAGGUUGGAGCAGACGUGCGUGUGUCAGUUCUGUGCAGAGACGCAGCACAAAGAUCACCAACUGGUUACAAUAGAAGAAGAGAGCGCAGAGAUAAAGGCUAAAAUGAAAGACACUGAAGCUGAAUUUCAGCAAAUGAUCGAGGAGCGUCUGAAGAAAGUGGAGGAGAUGAAAGAGUCGAUGCAGCUGAGCAGAGUGAGCAGAGAGGAGGAGAUGCAGAAGAGCGAGCGUCUGUUUACAUCGUUGAUUCAUGCCGUCCAGGGGAGACAGGCUGAAGUGCAGAAGGAGAUUAAGGAGAAGCAGGAGGCUGCAGAGAGGAGGUCAGAGGAGCUGAUCGGAGAGCUGGAGCUGGAACUCUCAGCACUUCAGAGGAGAAACUCUGAGCUGGAUCAGCUGAAGAACAGUGACGACCACCUUUACGUCUUACAGAGGGUCCCUUCUGUGACCUCACUGCCUCCCAGCAGAGAGUGGGCUGAGAUCAAAAUCUAUUCUGACCUCUGUACUGGCACAGUGAGGACCGCGCUGUCACAACUGGAUGAUACCCUGAAGAAGGAACUGGACAGUGUGAAGACAGAUGAGCUGAAGAGGUUGAAGAAAUAUGUAGUGGAUAUUGUUUUAGACCCGGACACCGCCCAUCCAAACAUUGACCUGUCACCUGAUGGUAAGCAGGCGGGUCGUGGCGAGCUGAUGCGAAUCAUCCCUGACAUCCCCCAACGCUUUAACCCUGUCAUCUGCGUUCUCGGCAAGAGGGGCUUCCUGACUGGGAGGAUCUACUUCGAGGUUUCAGUUGGGACAAAGACCUACUGGGACAUUGGGGUCGUCAGAGAGUCUGUCAACAGAAAAGGGAGGAUCACCUCCACCCCAGAAAAUGGCUACUGGACGGUGAGACUCAGGAAUGGGGAAGAAUACCGUGCUCUGGACUCCCCCUCAGUUCCUCUUGCCCUCAAAGAGAGGCCGCUGACUGUUGGAGUGUUUAUGGAUUACGAAGGGGGGACAGUGUCGUUUUUUAACGUAGAAGCCAGUUCUCACAUCUACACCUACGAUGGAUAUUCAUUUACCGAGAGGAUGUUCCCCUUCUUCAGCCCCGGUGUUUGUGAUGAAGGGAAGAACACGGCACCAUUAGUCAUCCUGCCUGUCAAUCAGGACAUGUAGGCUCUGGAUUGAAGCCUUGAAUCUAUUUUCAUGCUGUGUGGGUGAUUGUCCUUUAAAUAGUUUAUGUUUGUAGAAGCAACCGCACUUACAAUAUGAUGCUUUCAAAGCAAAGUGUGAAAUACAUCAUUAUCACGUGUCUGUGGUUUUGAUUGUUGUUUCUGGGUUAUGUCAAGUUUGUAUGUCAGUUAUCUUUCUCAGAUUUUUCCAGUUUUUCUGUCAAAAUCCCUCCUUGAUUUACCCUGAUUUAAAUAUUUUGGAGGGCACAGCUAUGUCAGUUUUUCUGUGAAUAAUUAUAUCCUCAUAUCGCUGAGAUAAUUUGGCGUAUGGAUAUUGCUAACCAGUGUAUUAUUCACCAUGUAGGUAUUAUGUUGCCAACAUAAUACCUACAUGUUUUUUCAAAGCUGAUAUUACAAGAUCUGUCAGAAAUUUCACAACCCUAACAUCGUUGGACAAAGUGUGUUCAUUUACUUAAACAUGAACCAUUUGCGUAAAGGCAAGAGCAUGACCAUGAGCUUCAGUAAUGACCAAAUGUGCUUCUUCAUGCGUGACUUGAAGAGCCAAUCUGUUUUUUUUUUCUGAAACAGUGUUGCAUCAUUGUAAUGUUUAACCACCAAAAACUAAAAUGCAAAAGUGUGACCUUGAGCCUCAACAGCAAUUAAUGUAUCCAAAGGUGUUUAUAUUGUAUUUAAGACCACUAUUUGCACCAUGAGUCUGUUUUCC